AUGGAGAUAGGAGAAAGUAAGCAAGAAAGGUGGUGUGGACUAAAGGAUUCUUCAUGGUGUAAACAAUUCAAAAACAUAUCAAAUCCUUUGAUGGCAAGAUAUGUAUAUGGCUUUAUUUUUCUAGCUGCUAAUCUAUUGGCAUGGUCUGCACGUGAUGAACUUUCUAGCAUUAGUACACUAACAAAACUCAAAGGUUUAAAAGUCUGCAAGGUUGAAAAAGAGUGUUUGGGAGCAAAUGGUGUCUUAAGAGUGAGCAUGGGGUGCUUUCUGUUUUUUAUGAUGAUGUUUUGGUCAACUACAAGAGCUUCUAAAUUGAAUGAAGCAAGAGAUAAAUGGCAUUCUGGAUGGUGGUCAAUAAAGAUUGUUCUAUGGAUUCUAUUGACAAUUUUUCCAUUUUUACUCCCUUCUCCUUUGAUUGAACUCUAUGGGCAGGUAGCACAAUUUGGUGCUGGAGUUUUCCUCCUAAUUCAACUGAUAAGCAUAAUCAGCUUCAUUAAUUGGCUUAAUGAGUAUUUUGCAUCUGAAACAUAUGCAGAAAGAUUCAAAAUCCAUGUGAUGAUAUUUGCUACAACUUCAUAUUUUAUAUGUUUGGUGGGAAUAAUUUUGAUGUACAUUUGGUAUGCACCAAUACCAUCAUGCCUUCUGAACAUUUUCUUCAUUACUUGGUCUUUAGUACUUCUCCAACUCAUGACAAGUGUAUCUCUUCACCCAAAAGUAAAUGGUGGACUUCUAAGUCCAGGGUUGAUGGGACUAUAUGUUGUCUUCCUUUGUUGGUGUGCAAUUAGAAGUGAACCCGAAGGAGAUCAAUGCAUCCGGAAGGCAGGCACUAUGCCCGAAACCGACUGGCUAAACAUCAUUAGUUUUGUUAUUGGAAUACUAGCAAUAGUUUUUGCAACAUUUUCAACAGGCAUAGAUUCUAAAUCCUUUCAGUUAAAGAAGACUGAGAAGGCAACAGAAGAAAAUGAUGUUCCAUAUGGUUAUGGCUUCUUUCAUUUUGUUUUUGCCGUAGGAGCUAUGUACUUUGCAAUGCUAUUGGUUGGAUGGAAUAGUCAUCAUUCAAUGAAAAAAUGGUCACUUGAUGUGGGAUGGACCAGUGCUUGGGUCAGAAUAGUAAAUGAAUGGUUGGCAGUCUGUGUAUACUUAUGGAUUCUGAUAGCCCCAAUUAUAUGGAAGAACAGACAUACUGAAUCUACAUGA